AUGCUGUCGGUCCCCGUUUUCGAAAGCGCUGAUCGCAUAGUCGUCGCGCUAUAUCCCAGGGUCCAUGAAGGCAUCAGCACGCUGAGCUUGUGCUGUGGCAGCAAGUCAGGCAAUCAUGUAAAGAUGGCGGAGCUUCAAAUGCUUCUCGAGGAGGAGAUUCCCGCAGGGAGAAGGGCGCUGCUUGACAGUUUCCCCAAUUUAGAGAGCGUGGCCGAAUACUGCGAGGCCAACUAUGUCCAGGCGUUGGACAAAUGUGGAGCCCUGGAGGAGACCAAGAGCUACACCACGCAGUCUGUGGCCAGCGUGGCCUACCUCAUCAACACUCUGGCUAACAACAUGCUGCAGAUGCUCGACAUCCAGAUGUCUCAGCUUCGCUGCAUGGAGAGCUCCGUCAACCACAUCGCGCAGACGGUGGGCAUCCACAAGGAGAAGGUGGCGAGACGGGAGAUCGGCGUGCUGACCACCAACAAGAACGCGAGCCGCGCUCACAAAAUCGUGGCGCCAACCAAUCCAGAGAGGCCGCUGGGCUACGUGCGCAAGCCGCUGGACUUCGGGGCGCUGGAUGACGUCGGGCACGGCGUCAAGGAGAACAUGAAGGAGCCUGGCUCCAUCCCGCCCAGCCAGAAGCCCCCCAGCCCCCCCAAGGCGGGACGCAGCAUCUUUGGGAAGAGCUCCCCCUACAGGACCCUGGAGCCCGUGCGGCCUCCGGUGGUCCCCAACCACUACGCCUGUAGCCCCACCAGCAGAAAGCAAAACAACUGCCAGCGCUCACGCACGUCCAGUGGCAGUAGCGGAGGGAGUUACCCCAGCAGCAGCAGUCGGAGCAGCAGCAGAGAGAACAGUGGCAGCGGGACCACCGGUGUGCCCAUCCCUGUGGCGACGCCGUCGCCGCCCGCCAGCUUCCCAGUUUCCCCGAGCGCCGGACCCGCUAGCUCGUCUUCUAGCCCCCCCAACUCUUCCCCGACCUCUUCUUCCUCAUUCUCGCCCUCCUCUUCUUCCUCUGCCACCCUAACCAUGCCGCCGCCAUUGGCGCACGCCCCCCCAUCCCCUCUGUCCAAGCCCAACGAGAUCCCCGGCACGGCCUGCAGCCUCCCUCCACCGCCUCCCUCCCCCCAGUCCUCAUCACCCAAGGAAGGUGGGGUGGUGCCUCAGUUCUUCAGCAUGAAUCGUCCGCAGCCUCGCCAGCAGACGCCGCAGGUGGGCGGCUCCCUGCCCUACCGCCGCCCACCUUCUGUCACCGGGCAGCCAAUCGGCACGCAGAGCAAUGGCAGGCCCUACUACAACGGCCAAAGCCCAGCCUCUCCACCGCCCUCCCUCCUCCAGUUCACUCCUCAGCUCCCUCUCAUGGGCUUCGUGGCUCGCCUUCAAGAAUCCAUCUCGGACGUGGCAUCGCCCCUUCGGCCGACCCCUGAGGAGACGGCACCUGCUUGGGCCCCGCAGGACGUCGGCGCACAGGGCGGAGAGGAGGACUCGGCGGAGUUGGAGUACAACGACCCGCAUGCGGAAGAAGACCCACCCUGGGUCCCCAGCAAUUACCUAGAGAAAGUGGUGGCCAUCUACGACUACACGGCUGACAAGGAGGACGAGCUGUCUUUUCAGGAGGGCGCCAUUAUCUACGUACUGAAGAAGAACGAAGAUGGCUGGUUCGAGGGCGUAAUGAACGCCACCACUGGACUCUUCCCCGGGAACUACGUGGAGGCCAUCAUGCACUACAUCGACUGACUUUUUUAAAAUUUUAUUUUAACCCAGAAGCCCUUACACUUACAUAGUGAUGCCAUUUCUGAGCCUUGUGUUUUUGAUGUUGUGAAAUGGAGCCCAGCGGGCAUUUUGUCCACUCUUGAAGUUUACAGUGUGGUUGCGUGCACAUGUACCAUGUUUACAUUUAUAAACAUACACAAGUUGUAUUUUAUAUUCAUAUGUGCUUUAAUCUCAGUUUUUAAGCUAUAUUGUCCCUUUAAAUGAUGGAGUUGUACCGUGUGUCUGUGUGUGUAUAAAUAAGGUUAAUUGGUUACAAAAAUCCAUCCUACACUAACAUCGAGUCUGUUCAAGAUGUUUAAAAUAAAAUGUAUUGCGAUGUUUUGUUCUAAG